GGCGGGCCGGGGCGCCGCUAUAAAGCGCGGCGGGGCGGCGGCGCCCCGUCCCCUCCCGGCGGCGGAGCGGAGCGGAGCGGAGCGGAACGGGCGGCGCUGCGGCACCAUCGGCGGCGGCGGCGCUGCGGGGCCGCGCGGUCUGCAGCCAGCGCCCGGACCGGCUCCAGCUCUGCUCCCCCCUCCCCGCCUCCCUCCCUUCCUCCCCCCCCCCCAAUUCGGCUUUCAUUCGCACCCCCCCCCCCGCAAUUUUCCACCAGCAACCCCGCAGCAAAAUGGUGCAGAAGAAAUCCGAAAUCCAAGGUUUCCACCGCUCCUUCAAGCAGGGCCAAAACCCCUUCGAUGUGGAGUUCGACCGCUCCGACCGCCUGGAGUCCGUCUUCAACUUCGAGUGCCCAGCCCGGCCCGACAUGCCGGCGAGCCAACCCAUCGACAUCCCCGACGCCAAGAAACGGAACAAGAAGAAGAAGCGCUGCAGAGCCACCGACAGCUUCUCGGGCCGCUUCGAAGAUGUUUACCAGCUGCAGGAGGAGGUGCUCGGCGAAGGCGCUCACGCCCGCGUCCAGGCCUGCGUUAACCUCAUCACCAACAAGGAGUACGCCGUGAAGAUCAUCGAGAAGCGCCUGGGCCACAUCCGGAGCAGGGUCUUCCGCGAGGUGGAGAUGUUGUACCAGUGCCAAGGACACAGGAACGUCCUGGAGCUGAUCGAGUUCUUCGAGGAGGAGGAUCGCUUCUACCUGGUGUUCGAGAAGAUGCGGGGAGGCUCCAUCCUGACGCACAUCCAUCGGAGGCGCCACUUCAACGAGCUCGAGGCCAGCGUGGUGGUGCGGGAUAUCGCCAGCGCCCUCCACUUUUUGCACAACAAAGGAAUAGCGCACAGAGAUUUAAAACCGGAAAAUAUCCUCUGCGAGAGCCCCGACCAGGUUUCCCCGGUGAAGAUCUGUGAUUUCGACCUGGGAAGCGGCAUCAAGCUCAACGGCGACUGCUCGCCCAUCUCCACCCCGGAGCUGCUCACCCCGUGCGGCUCCGCCGAGUACAUGGCCCCGGAGGUGGUGGAGGCCUUCAACGAGGAGGCGUCCAUCUACGACAAGCGCUGCGACCUCUGGAGCCUGGGCGUCAUCCUCUACAUCAUGCUGAGCGGCUACCCGCCCUUCGUGGGCCACUGCGGCUCCGACUGCGGCUGGGACCGCGGCGAGGCCUGCCAUACCUGCCAGAACAUGCUCUUUGAGAGCAUCCAGGAAGGCAAGUACGAGUUUCCCGACAAGGACUGGGCGCACAUCUCCUUCGGAGCCAAAGACCUCAUUUCCAAGCUGCUGGUGAGGGACGCCAAGAAGCGGCUCAGCGCCGCCCAGGUCCUGGAGCACCCCUGGGUGCAGGGGUGCGCCCCGGAUAACACCCUGCCCACCCCCAUCAUCCUGCAGAGGAACAGCAGUGCCAAAGAGCUCACCUCCUUCGCCGCCGAGGCCAUCGCCGUCAACCGGCAGCUGACGCGGCGCGACGAGGACGAGGAAGAGGAGGAGGAGGCACCACCCAUCAUCAUCAAAGCUACCUCAUGGGCCAUGCAGCUCUCUCCCCCCUCCGAGUCCAAGCUGGCCAAGCGGCGGCAGAAGAGCAGCCUGGCCAAGGCGGUGGCCGCCGGCCAGCACCUGGUGGCCCCGCCGCUGGUGCUGGUGGCCGACCAGGCCUGAGCGCUCCCCCGCCGGGCUGUCCCCUCUAUUUUUCUUUUCUUUUCUUUUUUUUUUUUUUUUAAAAAAAAAAGGAGAAAAAAAUAACAACACUGUUUCUAGCUAGGGACAAGAUCAGGACUCUUCCCUGUUGGCUGGUUUCCAAGGUUUUGCUGAUCUUGUAAGUCUGGGGGUGGGAGGGUUUGUUUAAGAUACAUAUAUAUAUUUUUUUUCUUAAGGUAUUAAAUCAAGCGUGAGGUUGCUUCACCCAGAGCACAUUCGAGGACAGCCGACAGACGCACGGGUGUUUUGUUUCUCUGCUCUUGGUUUCUCUGACUUUUUUUUUCCCCCCCCCCGCCCCUUUCCCGACACCAAAGGACUCUUUGUACCCGCGGCUGCUCCGACCAUUUCGGCUCGUUUCAUACUGUGAACAAAAGGCCCGCGGCAGCGUUGGCGGCGGCGGCUCGUCCUCGGCUUCCCCCGCCGGGGCUGCAGGUUUCUCGCUUGUCUCUUUUUUUUUUUUGGGGGGGGGGACGAAACCCAGCCGGGAGGCACCUCUGGGCCGAGGGGAAAAGCCGCUUUUGCCGGUGGGGAAAGCUGGUGCCUGCGAGGGAGCAGGGACCCGCCGAGGCACCGGCCCCCCACUCUUGGCAGCAUGUUUCAAAAUAAGCUAUUCCCCCCCCUCCUUUUUUUUUAUUAUUAUUGGUUUUAAACUAACUGGGCUUUUUUCCAGAGCCGGCACGCAGAAGCGUCUUCCCCGGCGCCCCUGCCCUGCGGGCUGGUGCCGCUGAGCAGCCCCCGGCGGGAGCUUUUUCGGGGAGGGGGGCUCGGAGGGGCGUCCCGAAAUUGGGGGACGACUCCAGGGUUUGGGGGCCGUUUGGGCAGCGCUCGGUGCUUUUGGCAAGGGGGCUCGCUGCAGCCUCGAGCGCCCGGCGGGGUCUCCGGGGUGGCAAAGAGCCAGCAAAAAACAGCCAGUUUUGGGGGUGGGGGGGGCAAUUAUUCUAUUUUAUUUUUUUUUUGAGCUUUUGGCCAAAGGGGCGACCUGGUGCGGCUUUGGGCUGGCCCCAAGCACACGCACGUGCAUGCGUGUCCCCCUCCGGCACCGAACCGCCGAGCUGAGCCCGCCGCCGUCCCCUCCGCCUCCUUUCCCGACCCAAAACUGGCUGCCCCCCCCCCCCCCCCCAUUAGCCAUCUCCCUUUCCGUGCUCGAUGCUUUGAGCUUUAUAUUUUCGGGAAAGCAACCUCACCCCGUUGCACGCGCGGCUGGAGGGUCGGGGGAGCUGGCUCGCAGCCGGGAAGAGCCUCCCCCCCGGGGGCUUUUCGUCGAAGACAGUCGCCGUCUCAGAAUAAAGUUCUCCGUUUUAUUUUAAGACUGCUGACAGCAAUACUAUGCAAUAUAUGUUGUUGGGGGUAUCUUUUUUGGUUGUUUUUUUUGUUUCAGGGAGGUGUGAGUUAGCGCGGGAGGCGAUGAGCUCGGGCGCCCGCGGGGAAGGACCGGCGAUUUUUGGCCCCUUCCCGGCUCCCCCCCAAAAACGCCCUGCGCUCAUGAUCCCCCCCCCCUUCCUCCGGGUGCCCCUGACUGCUCAGCGUGGGGAGGGGGGGCCUGGGGGGGGGCACCCUGGAGAGGCCUCUUAAAAGGCAGGAGAAAAGGAAAAAAAAAAUAAUCCACCUUGAUUGUACGUUGUUACUUUUUAGAGCUUAUUUUGUUUUAUCGGUUGUAGAUAAUUCCUCGUUGUCUUAUAUUAAGAAAUACUUGAAUGAUGUACAGUACGCGAUGCCUUGAGCUGGUGUUGUGAGAGCUGUUAACGCUGCACGCCGCAGCCUUUUUUUCUUUUUUUUCCUCUUUUUUUUUUUUUUUUUGGUUUUUAAUCGUGGGAAGGGGAUGGCGGGGGAGCGUCUCCGAACUUUUCCUCCCCCCUUCACCCCGGGCUUUUUAUAUACCCUUGCGAAAGGCUCACGUGGUCCUUAGUGUUCGAGCCCCAGCCUCAACCCGAAACACCACCGGAGCAUUUUCGGCUUGGCUUAACCAGACCUUUUUUUUCUUCGGCUCGGUGACUGGGUUUGCAAGGACACCGGGGCCGAGGGCGGCUCGGCCGCUGUCGCCUCUCCCGGGGCUGGUUUCCCGACGGAUGCUCCCCCCGACCCGCUCGGCAGCGCCUGGCUGCACCCUUCCUCGCCCACCUUUCCCCUACCCCAAAAAGCAUCUGUCCUGGAAACCACCUUAAAUCCCUGUUUCCCUUUUUUUCCCCUUUUUUCUUUUUCUUUUUUUUUGUUGUUGUUGUCUUAAGCUGGAAACUUUAAGUGUUUUGGCUCCCCAUCAUCCCUCCUUCGGCCGACUAACUUAGAACUGGUUAGAAAUUUUUACUGUGAAGCUAACUUUUGUUGUUGUUUUUUUUUUUUUUAAUCAAUACGGGAGAAACUUUUCUCCGCUUUACAACCGAUGAAGACUGCCAAAGCUGGUUCGGCGAGAGGCACGUUACCGCGCGCUGCUGGUUCGUACGACGGCAGCCUCCGGUCGGGGCGGGGGGGCUGGCUUGGAAAAUAAAAACGAAAACAAACAAACAAAAAAAUUUAAAAAGGAAAAAAAGAACACACAAAAAACAAGCACUUUACUGUAUGUACCAGGUGAACUGAUACAGCUGAAUUGAAGUUUUCCUUUAUAACAAUUGUUGAUGCCAGAAUUUUGUAUUCUGUUUUGUAAGAAUUUAAUAAAAAUGCGUUGAGACCUACGUGAGAA